UCGCAGUCGUCAUGGCGUGGCUGGAUUCUAGCUCUGCGUGGGAUGAAGAAGCUGCGCACGACGGUCUGCAGUUUUAUUUGCGAAAAGCCGAAGCGAUGGAUCGCCAUCAAGUAAUGCGCCUCCUUGUUGAAGACUGUGCGCGAGAUCUAAGAUUUUCAGCAUCCUGGGAAGAAGCCCAACGACUGUGCAGCAUCCAUAAUUACCAGUUCCCACGUGCGGAAGAUGACGACGAGUGUGGCAUCGCGAAAGCCCGUUGCAUUGCAGUUGUGUGUUACACUCUCGAGCGGCCCAACAUUUGCCGUAGGUUUAACGAAGCGUGCCGCUCUGCACGGGACACGGAGUCUAGCUGGCGCGAGUUUCAAUUCAAGAGCCUCUGGUGCCUGCUUAUCGAUGCCUUUAAACUCCUACCUCGUUUUGACGCUGUUCCUGUAGCGUUGUAUAGAGGAGUCAAAACAGCGAGGACCUACAGUGAACGUGAGUCCGCCAAGUUUCCUCAUUUCGUGUCGGCCAGUAGGUCGAUGUUCGUGGCGCAGAGAUUUGGAUGCGGAGGAAACGUCUUAGCGCUGGAAUCAGUGCCACCGCAAUUUGUGCGCGACAUCAGUGAAUAUUCCGUGUAUCCGCAUCACCAAGAGGUGCUGGUAUGGCCGCUGUGCACGUUCACCGCCGUAAGCACGCAUGCAAGCGAUACGAAAUGCUUUACGUUCCUAGAGGCUGUGCCGCUGCGCGACCCCAUACCACUGUCUCUUGUACCGCGAAAGACGGCUGACUAUCUAGGCGAAGACGACUGUGACGCACAUCUCAGUCUCCGGCUGGCGCAGUUGCACUUGCUUUGCGUCGCACUGACGCAACUGACAGCGGACGUUGGCAGCGUCGUACUGGAUCGAGCAGAUCUCAAACAUCUCAAGCGACAGCGACGAGUUGGGAAGCACAGUCAGCAGUUGAGCACUGGUGAAAAGCAGAGAAUGAGCUGGUUCCAACCUGGCCAGGGCUAG